AUGGCCACCGAGAUCCUUACAACAACCCAGAUCAAGAGCACCGAGGCUUCCCCUCAGGUUCAUACCCCUCGCGAGCCGCUCCAGCUGAGGGGUGCUCUAGAUCAGUACGAGUCGUUUGAUGUCACGCCGGUCAUCGGCCGUGAGUUCAAGGAUGUGAACUUGAAGGAGUGGCUUCGAGCGCCCAAUUCGGACGAGUUGAUUCGUGAUCUUGCUAUUACAAUUUCUCAACGUGGAGUAGUCUUCUUCCGCAAGCAAGAUGAGCUUGACAAUGAUCUUCAGAAAGAAUUGGCGCAACGUCUUGGGCAGCUUUCAGGUAAGCCCGAAACGUCGAAGCUCCACAUCCAUCCUGUCAGCAACUCUGGACGUCGCCUUGGUGGGAAGGAUGAUGAGAUUAGUGUCAUCAGCUCUGAGCAGGCGAAAGAGAUCUACAAGGAGCGGCUAGGAUUCUCGAGUAAGAAGCAGAGUGCGAAGGGUGGCUGGCAUAGUGAUAUCACUUUCGAGCCAGUCCCGAGCGAUUAUGCGCUGUUGAGAUUGACUGAACUGCCCAAGACUGGGGGAGACACACUCUGGGCAUCCGGCUACGAGCUGUUCGAUCGCUUAUCUGAGCCGUACCAGCAUUUUUUCGAAUCCCUCACAGCCACCUACGCGCAACCGGAAUUUACCCGCGCCGCCAAAGAAAACGGGUUUGAGCUCUACUCCAAACCUCGCGGCGCCCCGGAGAACGUCGGUGACUCCCUAACCGCAGUUCACCCUGUGAUCCGUACGAACCCGGUGACGGGCUGGAAGUCAGUCUUCGGCGUCGGCCACCACGUUCAGCACAUCAACGGGUUGACCGAGGAAGAGAGCAAGCGCACACUAGACUGGUUCUUGCAGUUGGUCACGGAGAACCAUGAUCUGCAGGUCAGGCAUCGCUGGCAGAACCCUAACGAUUUGGCAAUUUGGGACAAUAGGAGUGUGUAUCAUACUGCUACUUAUGACUACGUUGGUCUAGGUCCGAGAACAGGACAACGGGCGGUUAGUCUAGGGGAGAAGCCGUAUUUAGACCCAAAGAGUGUUUCGCGACGUGAGGCUUUGGGGUUAAACGAUGUAGAAUGA